AUCUCUCCAUUCCCACGGCUACGGCUCCGUUCCAUUACAUUCUCUUCCAUCCUUCUAUGCUUCUCUUACGAUUUUCUGUUUGUUUUAUGUUCUUACAUUAGGUGGCCGAUGAUGAUAAAUCCAAAGGCUUGUUUCUCAAAACAUUCGCAGUGGCCGCCUAAGAGCUUUCGCCUUCGCCGGGCUUGAGAGCUAGUGCUGCUUUCCUUGGAUGUCUGAGGCUUCAAAAUUCAAUAUUUUGUGCGUUUUUUAUUUGUUUGGUCUUUAGGUCUUUAUGCAAUUUGCGAUGGGUUGUUGAAUGGACUUGAGUAAAUUGUACAAGGGUCAUUACCUUUGUGCAUCCAGAAUUACAUGUUACAUGCAAAUGUAUCUAUAUGGUGCUUUCAAAUGGCUUUUCUUGAACGGCUCUUAUGUUUCUGCAGAGCAGAGACGUUGAAAAGAAAAACACUGUUGUGGAUUAAAGAUCUAUGUUCUGAGUAUGUUUGUGUUGUAAGCAGAAGCCAUCACUCAGAAUUUAGUGUUUGUAUUGGAUUCAGAAGAAAAUUUAUAUUGCCAUUUAAGUUUCUAUGUAAUCUUAACUAAGAUGGGUUUUAUUUAACUCUUGUUCUUUUUCCCUAGUAUGGAAUUUACAUUUUUAAUAAAUUGACCAUCUAGAGGUUAUGUUAAGAUUAAUUGUACUGGUGAAGGCCUUGAACUGCUAUGAUUGAGUCAUCCUGGAAUUAGAAAC